AUGUCCACGAAUUCGUCUGAACGAACCGUGACUGCCGGCGAUCUAUCCCUCCCGAACCCCUCCGCAAAUUCCCUUUCUGGAGCACAUCACUUUGUGUCUAUUAAGUUGACGUAUCGCAAUUUUCUCUUUAAGCGAACGCAACUGGUGCCCUUCCUCCGUGGCCAGGAGCUCCUCAGCUACGUCGACGGCGAGACACCAUGCCCACCGCCCACCAUCCCCGCUGCUCCGGCAACUAGCGAGUCCGCGUCCGACGCCACCACAGCUACGCCGACUCCGAAUCCGGCCUACCGGGCGUGGGUCAAGCAGGACCAAGCCCUUCUCUCCCUGUUGAUCUCAUCGCUCUCCGAUGAGGUCAUGCAUUUAGCGGUUGGGAAAACCACAUCCCGAGCCGUUUGGGAAUCAAUCGGAGCGGCACUCGGGAGUUCAACGCGCGCACGCUGCCUUAGUCUAUUGGGGCAGUUUCAUUCCCUCCGACAGGGAAACAGCACGGCAACAGAGUAUUUAGGCCGUGCCCAGCUCUUGGUCAAGGAUCUCGCACAUGCUGGACGCCCCAUCUCGCUAGACGAACAAAAUCUAUUCGUGUUCCGCGGUCUGCGCCCGGAAUAUCGCGCCAUGGCAUCCUCCCUUACCGCAACCGGAACACCAGUCACAAUCCCGCAAAUUGCUGACUACCUGCGAGCGCAGGAAUUUAUUUAUUCAGAUGAUUAUCCGGCCAGCCCUGACUCUGCAAUGAUCUCUGCUCCGGAUGCUAUGUUCGCCGGGCGGGGACGUCGUGGCGGCGGUGAAAGCGGGCGAGGUGGCUCCGGGUCUGGUGGCCGCAACUCCUCGCACAGAGGCCGGGGAGGACAAGGGCGCGGGCGUGGUGGCCGUGGCGGGGCGCCGCGCUGCCAAAUCUGCCGUGUACAAGGGCACACUACCCUCUAUUGUUACAAGUGCUAUGCGCCGCAGCCGGCACCACAGGGCAAUAUGGUGGUUUCCGGAGACGAGACAGCAGCGGCUUCCACGACAGCAAGCUGGUUUCCGGACACCGGGGCAACGGCCCAUGCCACCCCGGAUGCAUCCAUGAUGUCGCCGUCCGAAGAGUAUGCCGGGGGCGAUGUCCUCCGCGUGGGUAAUGGGACAGGUUUGAUAAUUUCACGCGUAGGCCAUGCUACUAUACCAUCUAUGUCAAAAGUGUUACGUUUGUCAAAUGUCUUACAUGUCCCGAAAUUAUCUGUACCUUUAUUGUCUGUUUAUCGCCUUACGAAUGAAAAUAAUGUUUUUGUUGAAUUUCACAAGAAUUGUUUUAUUGUGAAGGAUACAAUCACCAAGGCGGUUCUGCUUAAAGGUCUCACGUCGGGUGGCUUGUACAAGCUCCCAGUUUCGCAAUCCCAUUUCGCGUACAUUUCUGCCCGGGCAACUCCCACGGUUUGGCAUCGUCGCUUGGGACAUCCAAAUGGCCAUGUGCGAAAUCGCGUCCUAAAGUCGUGUCCGGUUGCUUGUACCGGCUGA